GCCCACUCGAUCAUCGAAUGACGCGUUUCUAGUUCAAUGCUUCCGAAACGAGCACAAUAUACAAAACAACCAGCAGACGACAUUGUGCUCGUAAUAUUUCGCUAAUAUCUUGGACAAUAUACCGGUAUUUCCCGCUUCCAUUAAAUCAGCUUGGAUUUUCUUCGCCAUUUUACAUGACUUUGUGAAUUACCAACUAACGGCCUUUGCCUGUGAUUAUUGUAACCCGACAACAUGGCUUGCAGAAGAUCGACCUUCCUGGUCCUACUCUGUUCUUUCUGGUGCUAUCUUGGCUUGACGAAUUCCUCACCGAUUCCGUCAAUGAGACACGAGCAGCUACUGGAAAAGGAGACGAGGACUUACUUCGCGCACCGGAUCGCCCCGCUUCUCUUUGCCUAUAGCAACGCAUCACUCUCACAGAGUCCUCCGCUCCUUGAUCCCACGUACAUGAACAACAUCAUACAUGAGUCAGCAUCCACUUACCAUCUCGAUAUCGAUUGUGACCUCUGCAAGGACAUCAUGGCUGCCAUCGAUGACGUCAUUAUGUCCGAGGAAUCACGUGACCUCAUCGCCGUCAUCGCCGCUGAGGUGUGCAAGAUCUUGAAGAUCGAGGACGACCGCGUGUGCGAUUACAUCACCAGAGAAUUUAAGGAUGAGGUUGUUGAUGUGGCGGCUUUACAUUACUUGAGCCCAAAUCAGGUAUGUGGGACGUUGCUCGGAGAGUCAUGCGCAGUGACCUAUGACCCGAACUCGGACUGGAACGUGACCUUUCCGAGCAUCCCCAAACCUCCAGUAACCCCAGUGAAUCCACCCAAGCAAGGAUCACCAACUCUCCGUAUUCUCCACAUCAGCGAUCUUCACAUUGAUCGGAUGUACGAGCCAGGGACGAACACCGACUGCGGAGAACCCAUCUGUUGCAGGUCGAAUGACGGUCCCCCAGCACCCGGUGUUCCUGGAGCUGGUAAAUGGGGUGAUCUACGAGGUUGUGAUGCUUCAUUGAAACUAAUGAUCAACACUCUAGAAGAAAUAUCAAAGACUCAGAAGCUUGACCUGAUCUACAUGACCGGUGACCUUCCAGCCCAUGAUGUUUGGAAUCAGACUCGAUCCGAUAACCUUGGCAUCUUCAACCUCGUCACCGACCUCUUACUAAAAUACUUCCCUGGGGUCAAAGUUUACGGCGCUCUUGGCAACCACGAAAGUGCCCCCGUAAACAGUUUUCCACCUACUGACGUCAUAAAGGGUGACCAAUCAGAAACGUGGUUAUAUAACAACAUGGUCGAUUCUUGGAUAGACAAAGCUGAUUGGCUACCUAAUACAACACGUGCAACCAUUCAACGUGGUGGUUAUUACGAUGUUCUUUUGUACCCAGGACUCCGCGUUGUUUCUCUAAAUUCGAAUGCUGGAAACCCAAAGAAUUGGUGGUUGCGGAUCAACGGUACGGACCCUGACGGUCAGCUGCAGUGGUUGAUCGGCGUCCUGCAGGCAGCCGAGGCGACAGGGGAGAAGGUGCACAUCUUGGGCCACAUUCCUCCAAGUAGUACUCUACCGGUCUGGAGUAAGAACUACGAACUCAUCGUCAAGAGAUACGAGAGUACCAUCCGGGGACAAUUCUUUGGCCACACCCAUCAUGACCAGUUCCACCUCUUUUACGAAAACGUCACUACUCGCCGACCAAUCAACGUCGUUUACGUGGCAGGAGCUAUCACGCCCGAUACGCAGUUUCCGGGUUACCGUGUUUACACUUUGGAUGGCAGCUACGCUAAUUCGACUUGGGCUGUACUAGACCAUGAUAACUACUAUCUCAACCUCACCGAGGCCAACCUGACGGACAAACCAAUAUGGCGUCACGAGUACACCGCCAAGCAAACCUACAACAUGACAUCAUUGCAACCCGAAGAAUGGAACAGAGUCGUCGGUCAAAUGAAGACAAAUACAACUCUUUUCAAUCAAUUUUACAGACUUUACCAUCGCCAAUUCGACGCGGGUCCGUGUGAUGCUACGUGUCGUGCAAGCCUGAUAUGCAACAUUGAAACGUCGAGGGCCGACGAUUCGAGUUACUGCUAAAAUAGAUGUAGGCCUACCUUCAUAUGCAAUAACCAAAAAAAAACAAAACUCUGUUUUAUGAGUACGUUUAUGAAAUAUGCAACCAUGCACAGGGAAUAUUUUAUUGAUAUAUAUUUAGAGAUAUUCAAUUUCACUAUUGAUUGCAAGUUGCCUGUUGAUUUGUAUUGUAAGUUUUUAUACAUAAUUUUAUACAUAAUGAAAUAUGCAAUCGCUGGCAUGCUGUUUAACUGAUGUGUUUUGAGAUUGUUUGUUUCAAUAUUGUCUGAAUUCAAAUCUCAUGGUGUUCGGUGUUGUCGGGUAAACCUCAUGAAAGCUUUUAAAGAUGAUCGAUAAGUGAGCUCGAAGGUAUAUUGGGAGAGAUCCCAAUGAAUAAAGAUUACUAUGAGUUGCUAUGUUGGACAGGCCUUAAGCAAACUCAUAAAUGAUAACCAAGAUGUACCAACAAAUUAAAUAAACUAGAUAAAAACACAUUGAUUAUAUGCAUAUGUUAUGAAAUUUCCCAUUAAAGUGUUACGUAUUUUAGUAUAUGCCAUAUGCUGAGAUGCUGGUAGCUCACCGGGCCUAUAUGGGCUAUUUCAAUUUUUUCUGAAUGCAAGUCUCAGUGUUGCUUUAGAUUGUUGGGUGAAACUCAUGAAAGCUCAAGUCAGGUCAAAGUGAGCUCUAUGUUAAGAGAGAUCCCAAUAAUAUUGAUUACUUUAAAAUGCUAUGUUGGACAAGCCUCACGCAAACAUGAAUUACAAAGAUUUACCCUGACUAUGAAUAUGCAAUAAGUUGUAGUUCUUCAAUAGUGUAAUGGAGUUUACCAAGUGUCAAAGAUUAUGUACUAUACUAUCUGUGUCUUUAUGUUACAACAAUGUAUGGAAAAUGGUACCAGAAACAAUCAUUACUGUUGUUAUUCUCUGUCUGUUUAUUUGCAUCUCCUUAUAACUUGUUUUAAUCUGAGAAAUGAACAUCGAUAUACCUGUUAACACUUAACUGAUAAUGCGGGUCGGUAAUAGGUAUUGUGAAAUCUUCUCAGCUUUGAUAUAGGCCU